AUGAAGCGGAGCCUUCCGGUGGCUCUUGCCGUGGCAGCAUGCAGCACGUGCUGCGUGACAAGGCGGGGCCUCGGCCUCGGCAACUUGGCGGCGAAGGCGUCGUCGGCGGUCCCGCCGGUCCCGCCGGUCCCGCCGGUUCUUCCGGCUCCGGUGGUGGUCUCCGCGGGCCAAGACCUGGGCCAGACGAGCCUUGAAGACUAUGCCGCCAUGCGUGAUGACGCCCCGAGGACGGAGGCAUACGCCGCAGCCAUCAAUGAGCGCCUUCAGGGCCGCAGCCUUGUGGUGGCGGACAUUGGCACGGGGCCGUUUGCUUUGCUGGCGCUGCUUGCCGCGCGCGCGGGUGCCCGACACGUCUACGCCAUCGAGCGGACGCCGUCCGUGGCACAGAAAGCGCAGCAGGCAGUGAGGGCGGCUGGGCUGGAGGAUGUGAUCACUGUGAUCACAGGCACCUCCCAGGACGUGACACUGCCAGAGCGUGUGGACUUGGUUGUGUCCGAGCUGGUGGGAAAUGUUGCAACAGGCGAAGGAGUCGUGGACACGAUCCGGGAUGCGAAGCGACGGUUCCUGAAGCGUGACGCCACCGACGCCACGGACGCCACGGACGCCAUGAUCCCUGCCAGGUGUCAGACAGCCGUGGCCCCGGUGGCAUAUCUCAACCACGAGCUGCUGGCGGCCAAAGGCCCCGAGUUCCUCCGGCCCUUCCGCCUCUUCGCGAAGAGCGACUUGGCCUUCCUGUCGCGGCCUCAGCUUUUAGAGGAUUUUGACCUCUCCGAUCCCGACGAUCUGCGGCAGCCAGCGACCUUGGAAUUUCAGCUGGACCAGUCGGGCCCGGGGUUCUCGGGUUUCGCCCUCUGGCCGCGCGUGGUGGUUGACGCGCGCCGCACGGUGGAUGUGUUGACCGCCCCCAGCCACUGGUGCUUCAUCGUGGCGUUGAUGUCUCCAAAGAGGCUGCCGAUCACGCAGAAGGCCAUUUUGCACAGUUCAGUGGAUCUCAGCAAGGUGCCCUACUCCUACUCGCUGAGCGCGGGGGCGCAGGCAGCGCACGCAGCGCGCGCGGCGCGCGCGGCGCACGCGGCGCACGCGGCGCACGGGCACACGAGGCCCGGCGAGGGGCAAUGCCAGGCACCCAGGACUGAGACCCAUGUCGCUGCAGCCUGGCAGGGUGGCUCGCAGUUCAGAUUUUCGAUCAAACGCGCUUCACCCUUUCACCCUAAGCCAGCGGCCCGGAACAUCGACGAUCUGCUCUUUGACAUCAUUGUGCUUAGAGUUCACGGCGGCGUCGCAGAUGUCGUGUACCUGGACGAUGGCAACCUGGAGAAAGCGGUGCCACUGGAUGAGCUGAGAGCGCAGGACUGCGAGAGGAUUUCAGCAGAGCAGCAGCAAGUCUUCGAGGCUGGUCUUGAAAAGUUGGGCGACGAGCCUGCGUCGCCUGCAACGGCCAGCAACAUGCGCUGGGAGCAAGGCAAGUAUGAAGAGGAGGAUGGUGCCAUCAUUCUCUCAAGCUGCAUUUCAGUCCUCACGCCCGAGGCAGUGAAGGACAAUGCUGUGAUGCAGGCCUGUGGCACCGGCUUGCGAGGCAUCAGAAGUCUUCGGAAGCACAUCCAGGUGACAGCGCCGGCUGCCGCAUAAAGGUCGUUCGCAUCGGUGCAGUGAGCUCGUGUCUCACAGCCUUCUCUUGGCUGAGUUUUCAGCUUCGCUUUUUGUGAUGCGUUUUGGUUUGCGAAUAUCGCAGUUUCACUCGGCCCGAAAGUCAAAGGGCCUUGAAUUUGCCUUCCGUAGGAGUUUGCGUUUGGCCAGCCAGGCACCAGGCGAAGUCUGGGUUCCACUGGGUUGCAAGACUUUGCAUAGACUCGGCGAGAGCUGGCUCUUCACUGCGCUGAAACUGCAAGGGUGCAUGGCCGCCGCGCAGGUGCAUGUCCGAAGCUUUGAUCUGUGACCCUUAGCUGCGCGCAUCUCUAUCUCUCAGUUAGAGCGACAAACGGCA